CACAAACAACAGAUACGCGCCUCACAUCUUACCCAACAUGUCGUCCAUGCGCAAUGCCGUCCAACGGCGCAAUCACAAAGAGCGCGCGCAACCCGAAGAGCGCCAGAAAUGGGGCCUCCUCGAAAAGCGCAAGGAUUACAAACUCCGUGCUGCCGACCACCGCCAAAAGAAAGCCAAACUCAAGAUUCUUUCCGAGAAAGCGCGCGACCGCAACCCCGAUGAAUUCUCCUUCAAGAUGAUGUCGUCCUCCGUGGACUCGAAAGGGCGAAAAGUAACGGACCGCGGCAACGAGGCGCUUAGCAUGGAUGUCGUAAAGUUGCUCAAGACACAGGACUCUGCGUACAUUAGGACGAUGCUGCAGCAGGUGCGCAGGGAGAGACAGAAGUUUGAGGAAAGGUUGAUUCUGGAGGAGCAGGGGGAAGUUAGGGCGCUGAAGGAUGACGAGGAUGGGAGACAGGGGAAACACAGGGUGUUUGUGGAGAAUAAGGAAGAGCAGGAGGAGUUCGAUGCUGAUGCAUGGUUUGGAGAGGGUAAAUCAAUGCCUACAGCGUCCCAACCCAGAUUUCCUCUCGAAUGGGAGGGUGAUGAGGAGGAGGAUGAUGAUGAGGAGGAAGAGCAGCGGCCGCAGAAGAAGACGCUGUCAGCGAAGAAGCUGAAGGAGCAAGAGGAGGCGGCUAAGAAGAUGAAGAAGUUCGAGAAGACACGGUCACGCGCACAGUCAAGAACAGCGUUCAGACUGCAGAUGGUCAAGAAGAAGGAGCGCGAACUCGUAGCCGCAGAGGAAGAGCUGGAGAAGCAGCGCGCGAAGAUGAACAGCAGUGUCGGCGGCGUGAACAAGAACGGCGUCAAAUUCAAGAUCAGGGAGCGCAAGCGCUGAGCCCCUCAUCACCAUGAAACUAUCA